AUGCUCCCCCACCGGAUGCGCAAGAGCAGGUGCUGCAUCGCUGUGCUCGCAGUCAUCGCCAUUAUCAUCGCGCUGCUUGCCGCAGCCGGCGCCUUCGGAUACAAGAAGCUCAAGAUCACUCCCCUCGACGGAAAGUCUCCGCCGUGGUAUCCAACGCCCAGAGGCGGCUCCGUGCGCCAAUGGGCCGACAGCUACCAGAAGGCCGCCGAGAUGGUGGCCAGGAUGACGCUUCCGGAAAAAGUCAACAUCACCACCGGCACAGGCUGGAGCAUGGGGCUUGCGGUGGGAAACACGGCGCCGGCCUCGCUCGUGGGCUUCCCGGCGCUCGCGCUGCAAGACGGACCGCUGGGCAUUCGCUUCGCCGACAAUGCGACGGCUCUCCCGGCGGGCGUGACGGUGGGCGCAACGUGGAACAGGCGCUUGAUGUACGAGCACGGCAGGGUUCACGCGCUCGAGGCUCGAGGCAAGGGCAUCAACGUGCUCCUGGGCCCAGUCGUCGGGCCCCUCGGCAGGAUGCCUGCUGGCGGGCGCAACUGGGAGGGCUUUGGCGCGGAUCCCUAUCUUCAGGGCGUCGCGGGCUAUGAGACCAUCAAAGGCAUCCAGGACCAGGGAGUCAUGGCGACCAUCAAGCACUUUGUUGCCAACGAGCAGGAGCAUUUCCGUCAGGCCUGGGAAUGGGUGCUGCCAAACGCCCUCUCGUCCAACAUUGACGACCGGACCAUGCAUGAGAUUUAUGCCUGGCCAUUUGGCGAUGCCGUCAAGGCCGGGGUGGCCAGCGUCAUGUGCUCCUACAACAUGGUGAACAAUUCGUACGCUUGCGGAAACUCCAAGCUGCUCAAUGGCAUUCUCAAGGACGAGCUGGGGUUUCAGGGCUUCGUCAUGUCCGACUGGCUGGCGCAGCGAUCAGGCGUGGGCAGUGCCCUUGCUGGCCUGGACAUGAGCAUGCCGGGCGAUGGCUUGCGCUGGCAGGAUGGCAAUUCUCUCUGGGGUCCCAAUCUGUCGCGUGCUGUCUUGAACGGCUCGUUGCCGCUCGAAAGGCUCAAUGAUAUGGUUGCUCGUAUUGUGGCUGCGUGGUAUCAGCUUGGUCAAGACGACGAGAAACUGUUUGACAGUAAGGGGCCCAAUUUCUCGUCAUGGACCAACGACAGAAUGGGCGUCACAGCACCCGGCAGUUCGUCGCCCCAGGAAAAGGUUGUCGUCAAUAAGUAUGUCAAUGUUCAGGCCAAUCACUCCAUCUUGGCUCGUCAGAUUGCCGCGGAGGGCACCGUUCUCUUGAAAAACGAGGGAGCCCUCCCCCUCAGCUUCGAUGGCCGACUGGGCGGGGGUGGCUCAAACUCCACCAAGCGAGAGGGCCAAGUACGAAUAGGCAUCUUCGGAGAAGACGCUGGGCCUGGGAAAGGACCCAACUAUUGCGAGGACCGGUCGUGCAAUCAAGGUACCUUGGCAUCUGGCUGGGGAAGCGGCGCUGUCGAGUUUCCCUACCUGGUGUCGCCCAUUGAAGCGCUGCGAAAGAAGUUCAACAAGGACAAGGUCAAGCUCACCGAGCAUCUGAAGAAUGACGGACUGAACACAGACGUCAUUAAAGAUCAGGACAUUUGCAUGGUCUUUAUCAACUCGGACUCGGGGGAGGGCUACCGCGCAUGGGAUGGAGUUCGCGGUGACCGCAACGACCUCAAGCCGCAGAAAGGAGGCUUGGCACUGGUUACCCACGUUGGGCUCAACUGCGGCAACGGUUCAGGGACAACCAUUGUCAUUCUGCACUCCGUCGGACCCGUGGUCGUGGACCCAUGGAUCGAUACCCCCAGUAUCAAGGCGCUGAUUUCCGCAAAUUUGCCCGGCCAGGAGAGCGGAAAUGCCCUCGCGAGCAUCAUUUUCGGAGAGGAAAAUCCUAGCGGCAAGUUGCCUUAUACCGUUGGAAGGUCCCUCAGCGAUUACGGACCUGGUGGCCAGGUUAUGUAUCUGCCCAACGGCGCCGUCCCUCAGCAAGAUUUUAGCGAGGGCCUCUACAUCGAUUACAGACAUUUCGACAAGUUCGAGAUUGAGCCGCGGUACGAGUUCGGGUUCGGACUCUCAUACACCACUUUUGACUACAAGAAUCUCAAGAUCACGGAGACGAAGCCGAGGUCGCCGCUGCCGGAUGAGCGGCCCGCUCCGGAGGUUGAGCCCCCGAGCUUUGACACCGCCAUUCCGAAACCUGAAGAGGCAUUGUUCCCAGCGGGCAUCCGCAGACUCAAGAAUUACAUAUAUCCGUACAUUGAUUCGGUAAAGGACGUCAAAGAAGGCAAAUACCCCUAUCCCGACGGCUACGACAAAGAGCAACCCCUAUCCGGCGCUGGAGGUGGUGAGGGCGGCAACCCCUCGCUCUGGGAAUCCCACGUAACGGUAUCCGUGGAAGUGACCAACACGGGCGAACUCGGCGGAAAGGCCGUGCCCCAGCUGUACCUCUCCUAUCCCGCAUUAGAAACGGUCGACUUCCCCGUUAGGGUCCUGCGCGGAUUCGACAAGGUGUACAUUGAAAAGGGCGAGACGAAGACGGUGGAAUUCUCGCUGACGAGGAGAGACUUGAGCUACUGGGAUGUGGAAAGGCAGAAUUGGGUAAUUCCGGAGGGAGAGUAUACGUUUGCUGUUGGUGAAAGCUCGCGAGAUUUGCGGGUUUCGGGGACGUGGUGA